GCUUUCCCUGGCCUCCCGCAUUGCGCAGGCGCAAAUCGUCACUGAGACUCCCAAGUUGAGGCGGCUGAGCCGGCCACGGCGCGGUUAUAGCGGAUUCCCACGUGAAGGGCCGACCUCGCCUGAGCCCGCAGAACCAUGCUGAGAUUGGGCAGCAGAUUCCUGAUGGGGCGAGCUGUGCCCAAGGCCCUCCUGGCGGCCUUUGUGGCCCUCCUCCUCGUCCUGCACGUGGCAAAUUCCCAGCAAGACUUCCAGUCAAGAAAACAGCAGAAGGACCACCCCCCGACUGACUUCCUGUCCCAGACAGGGUGGGCCAUUCGGGAGACCAUGGACGCCUGGAUUGGGCCCGAGGUCAUGCACGUGGUGGCCGAGACCUUGUCCCAAGUGCUGUGGGCCGUCUCUUCUGCCCUCUCCGUGGCUUGCUUCGCUCUCUCCGGGAUCUCUGCGCAGCUGCUGAGCGCCAUGGGGCUGCAUGGUGAGCACCUCACACAAGGCUUGAAGCUGAGCCCGGGCCAAGUGCAGACCUUCCUCCUCUGGGGAGCGGGGGCCCUCGUGGCCUACUGGGUGCUGGCCCUGCUCCUGGGCCUGCUGCUGGCCCUGCUGGGCCGGAUCCUGUGGGGCCUGAAGCUGGUCCUCUUCCUCGUGGGCUUCGUGGCCGUGGUCAGGUCCGGGCCGGACCCCUCCAUCCGGGCGCUGAUGCUGCUGGGGCUGCUGACGCUCUACGCCCUGCUGAGCCGGCUGAGCGGCAGCCGCGCCUCGGGAGCGCAGCUGGAGGCCAAAGUGCGCGGCCUGGAGAGGCAGGUGGAGGAGCUGCGCUGGAGGCAGCGCCGGGCCGCCAAGGCCACCCGGGGCGCCGAGGAGUAGGCGCCGGGCCGGAGCCCAGGAGCCCCGGGAGGCCCGCCCGUCCCUGCGGCUCUCUGCUGGAUCGGCUCCCGCCGCCCCCCUGGCGCCCGGCCAGCUCCGCCGGGAGGGCCCGGCCUCCUCCGGCUCCUGUUGCUACCCCCAAGCACACUCUGCUGUGGCCUUGACCGAGACCUCGGGCGGGCAGGGACGGACCUCGGGGCGGCGGCCGCCCCUCUCAGUGCCCCUCCCCCUCCGCUUCCCACUCCCGGCCCCCCCUCCCCCUGCUCUGGGGCACGUGUCCUGUGCACCGCCCUCGGUGGGAAGGAGACACGAGUGGUCCCCGGGGGGCCCGAAGCCCCCCCACCCCAGGUCUUAGGGCCGCCAGUGUCAAAUCUGUGCCAAGUGCCUUCACUUAAGCCAGCGGUGCCUGCUUCUCGCCUGCUGUAGGUAGGAACGUACUCGGUGUCCUGGAGCCGGAACAGGAGCGGCCUCCUAGAACCCGACACCGACAGCCAAAGAGCCCCGUGAGCGAGCGAGGGAGCCCCGCAGCCUCCCCUGCUCCGGCCCCCAACUCCUCCUUCAGGAGGGCGGCCCGAGCCAGCCCCACGCCAGCGUCACUGCCCGGCCGGCCAAUCAGGUGGCCCCCCGGAGCCGGCUGCCCCCCAGGCUCGGACACCACCGACUUCUCUGGGAGAGCGCGGGCAGGGGGGCGGCGCAGCCUCUGCCCGGAACCUGGGGGGGCUCCGGCCCGAAGCAGAGGGCCCCGACCGAGGAGGAAGCAGCUGCCAGGGAAGGUUUUAUCGAAGCUGAGCUCAUUGGGUUUUAAAUUAAGAAACGCACGCUAUUUUAUCUCGUUCCAUAAAACACAUGUAAUCCAA